CCAGCUCUGGCGGGGGAUGCUUCAGGGCACAUAACUUCGUCAGGUCUAGUUAGCACAUUGCUUACCGACACUCACACUACAAUUCGUGUGUUCAAAUCCUUUUUUUUUUCUUAUACUAUAUAUGUGAUUCUUGGACUAUAUCUUCAUUUUUAAAAUUUCUUGUGUGAAAAACCCAAGUUUCAUAUCGCGUGGAAGAGAAAUCUAAUUACACACAUUUGAACGUCAUUUGUGAUUCUGGGUUUUUGUUUAUUGACAGUCAAUUGAUAAUUUUACUAUCAACCCAACAGUAAGAAACGAAUCAAUCUCGGGUUAUGUGUGUAUCUGAAUUACUGGGAUUAUAGGAUUGUGACACUUCCUUUGGACAAUUUACUGUUCAACUCUUUGGAGAAUUCACACGAGUGCUUUGAAUGAAGCAGCGAGAGCUGAGAGUCUGUUGCUAUAGAUGUCGUUAGAACUGGUCACAGUCGUGCAACUGGACGCUCGGCACGUAUGGGUGAGGGGCGUGGUUAGAGAGAGGUCAGAAUGGACCCCGAACACGUAGAAUGGACUCCAUUCAGGCCUUUCACAAGAGAGUCCUUGUUCAAAAUCGAAAGACGGAUCGCUGAGGAAGAAGCUGCCAAACAUGCAGAAAAGUGCAAGCCAGAGUCUGAUGAUGACGACUCUGACUCUGACGACCCCAGCAAUCAGGAGGAAGCCCUCAAACCGAACCCCAAAUUGGAGGCAGGAAGAAAGUUGCCACCAUCACUUGAGGACUACCCGAAGGAGUACAUCGGAAAACCUCUGGAGGACCUGGAUGAAUUCUAUCACAAUCAGAAAACAUUCGUGGUGCUCAACAAAGACAAAGCCAUCUUCCGGUUUAGUGCCACCAAUGCCCUAUUUUUGUUAUCUCCCUUCAAUCCCAUCCGGCGAGUGGCUAUUUAUAUAUUAGUUCAUCCUGGCUUUAGCCUCGUUGUGAUGCUGACUAUUCUAGUCAACUGUAUCUUUAUGACCCUCACCUGGUCGCCGCCUCCCGAAGUUGAGCACAUCUUCCUUGGCAUUUAUACAGUGGAGGCCUGUAUAAAAAUGUUAUCUAGAGGCUUUAUUUUAAAGCCGUUCACCUACUUGAGAGAUCCAUGGAACUGGCUAGAUUUUUUUGUUAUUUCCAUAGCUUACAUGACGAUGGCCGCAAAGCAGCUUGGGAACCUGUCAGCCCUAAGAACAUUUCGUGUAUUGAGAGCCCUGAAAACUAUCUCUGUCAUCCCAGGUCUGAAGACUAUAGUCGGUGCCUUGUUAGAGGCUGUCAGACGUCUGCGCGAUGUGAUGAUCCUGACCAUAUUUGUCCUGUCCAUCUUUGCCCUGGUCGGCAUGCAGUUGUACUCGGGCUCACUGCGGCAGAAGUGUGUUCGGAAUCCUUUUGCAGUUUUUGGGGAGAACGUCACGCACGAGCAAUAUUUCGAGUUCACCAAUGAUACAAAGAAUUGGCCAAAUGGCGGCUUAGAAACAUAUAGAGUUUGUGGGAAUAACAGUGGUGCAGGUGGUUGCCCUAAUACCACCACCAAUGGAACAGCAGAUUAUGUGUGCCUUUCAAUUGGACCUAAUCCUAAUUAUGAUUUUACAAGUUUUGACAAUUUUGGUUUCGCCAUGUUGUGCGCUUUUCGACUCAUGACACAAGAUUUCUGGGAGAGUCUUUAUCAUCUGGUACUUCGGGCUGAAGGGACUGCCCACUCUUUGUAUUUUGUGUUAGUCAUAUUACUCGGAUCUUUUUAUCUGGUCAAUUUAAUAUUAGCCAUUGUGGCUAUGUCAUAUGACGAGCAACAGAAGCAGGAUCAAGCUGACGCAGAUGAAGAGGCUGCCGAAAGACAGGAAGAAGAAGCUAGAAAAGAGGUCAUGAGCGUGAUGACACAAAGCCCUAGUAAUCCUUCAUGGAAUGAGUUUGAAGGCAAGGAUAAUACAGAUAAACCAGAAGAGAAAGAAAGGCUUUCAAUGACCAGUGAUCAGUCCUUGACUAGUGGUCAUCUAAAACCUAGCCUUAGCCAGAAACGACACAGCCUAAGUCUGCCAGGGUCACCGUAUAUUCACCGCAGGAACAGUAAAGGUAGCCAAUACAGCUGGAAAAAGCCUAAUGUGCCAACUGCCAAAAGAGGAGGUCAUUCUGCUGACAGACAGCCUCUAGUGCACCAUGCUCUGGAAAAUCUUCCACUUCCGUUCGCCGAUGACUCUGGUGCAGUCACACCAUCUUCUGAAGAUCUAUGCAAUUUUUCAUUUGUUAGAAACAUACCAAAUGGCCGCCGUUUUAGUUUUGCUUCCCAGAAGAGAAGUGCGGCACUUGAAUCUGGUAAACAGAGUGGAAGCCGACGGAGUAGCUUUGCCUCAAACCACAGUCGAGCAUCCCGUACAAGCCGGGGCUCACAGCAAGUUGAUAAGAGCAAGAUGGAAACAUUACUGAACUUUAAAAAGUACAAAGUUCCCGAUGUAAUACUGGACAAGUCCAAGCUGGAUGAUGGGCAUGAUUCUGUAAGCAGUGGCUCUGGUCAUGGCAUGGAUAAGGAUAAAACAUCAGAAAGUAAUCCGUUUCUAGGCAACAGUGGCACAGGACAAAAUGUUGAAAUGAAAGAUGUGAUGGUUCUAAAAGACAUAUUAGAUCAAGCUUCUGGGCAUAGAAAAAGUUAUGUCAGCAUGGCUAGUAUUCACAAGAGGAACAUGAAAGACUUAAUGUGGAAAUAUUUCUGUACCUGGGACUGUAGUCCGAACUUUCAGAAAAUUCAGAGAUUGGCUGGACUUUUCAUCAUGGAUGCUUUUGUCGACCUUUUCAUCACAGUCUGCAUUGUGGCCAAUACUCUGUUCAUGGCCAUGGACCACUAUGAUAUGGAUCCUAAGCUUGCAAAUGUUUCAUCAAUGGCAAAUGAGGUGUUCACUGCAAUAUUUGCUGCUGAAGCAUUCUUGAAAAUUCUGGCCCUCAGUCCUGUAGUCUAUUUCAAGGAUGGUUGGAACAUUUUUGAUUGUUUUAUUGUGGUACUCUCCCUGAUGGAGCUCAGCUUGACUGAGUUACCUGGACUUUCUGUACUGCGGGCUUUCAGAUUGCUGCGUGUGUUUAAACUUGCCAAAUCCUGGCCAACUCUGAACAUGCUGAUUGCUAUUGUAGCAAGAACAAUGGGUGCGCUGGGAAAUCUGAUCAUCGUCUUGGCUAUUGUUAUCUUUAUCUUUGCCGUCAUGGGUCAGCAGCUGUUCUCACAGGGGUAUGAGCCCUAUUACUGUCCCAAAAAUGAAACAACCAAGGAACCCAACCCAGACCCAGAAUGUAUGCCCAGGUGGAACUUCAAUGAUUUCAUGCAUUCUUUUAUGAUUGUGUUCCGAGUCCUGUGUGGAGAGUGGAUUGAAUCAAUGUGGAAUUGUCAUCGAGCUAAUGGCUGGAGCUGUGUUCCUUUUUUUUUACUGACUUACAUCAUCGGCAAUUUAGUGGUCUUGAAUCUAUUUCUUGCCUUGCUACUUAGCUCUUUUGGAAGUGAAAGUUUGUCAAGAUCGGAGUCUGAUGAUGAACCAAAUAAAAUAGCAGAAGCUAUAGACAGGUUUAAGCGCUUUGGAAACUGGGUUAAAGUUAAAAUUAUAGUCUGCAUCAAGGUGAAACUUCAACGAAAGCAAAACUGGAGGCCACCCCCACCAGCAUUAGAACAACAGGAAAUGAAUGGGAAAGAAAACUUUCUUGGUGAUGGAACUUUGAUUGCAUUGGAGAAAACUCCCGAGGAUGUUCCUGAUGGUGCUAAAAUUUCCAGAGCUGGAAGUGUGUACUCUACUAAAGAUCUUAAGUCGCCACUGGGAAGUAAUAGUGGUUCUAGCCAUUGCUCAAGCUGCUCCUCCUUGUCAGACUCAGCCCAAACUAAAAAAAUUGAUUUAGAAGCUGAACAUGAAAUUAAUGAAGUGGAAAUAGUCUAUGCAAAAGAACCCGAUGAUUGCUUUUGCUACUCACUGACCAAACGUUGCCCUUGUUGUCUCGAGCUUGAGAAAACUGUAUGUGGACAUGUUUGGUGGAAGGUUCGUUGUUUCAUGUAUCGACUAGCUGAGCAUAAAUACUUUGACACCUUCAUCAUCUCAAUGAUCCUUCUUAGUAGUUGUGCUUUGGCUGCUGAAGAUGCCUAUCUUCCAGAGAAACCCUUGUUAAAGGAAAUCUUAGAGUAUAUGGACAAAGUUUUUACAGUAAUCUUCAUUUCUGAGAUGAUCAUCAAAUGGUUUGCAUUUGGAUUCAAGACUUAUUUUACUGAUGCCUGGUGUUGGCUGGACUUUAGUAUUGUAAUGUUAUCAAUUUUUAUGUUGGUGGCUGAGGUGAUGGACACUGGUGGAGGUAAGAUGGGCUUCAUGAGAUCCAUUAGAACGUUAAGAGCCUUGCGACCUUUGCGGGCAGUCAGUCGUUGGGAAGGCAUGAGGGUUGUUGUAAAUGCCUUAUUCAAAGCAAUUCCAUCUAUCUGUAAUGUCUUGCUAGUGUGUCUUGUUUUCUGGCUUAUAUUCGGCAUCAUGGGAGUCCAACUCUUUAAUGGGAAAUUUCAUGCUUGCUGGAAUGAAACCAACAAAUGUAGUCCUGAUGACGUUCCCAACAGAACUGUUUGUGAAAAUCUAGGAUUGAAUUGGACCAAUGCACAAAUCAACUUUGAUAAUGUCAUUGCUGCCUAUUUAGCACUGUUUCAAGUGGCAACUUACAAAGGAUGGGUAGAUAUCAUGAAUAAUGCUAUUGAUGCAAGGGAGAUGAAUGUCCAGCCUAAGAGAGAGUCUUCAAUCUUCUAUUACUUGUACUUUGUUCUCUUCAUUGUCUUUGGCUCUUUCUUCACACUCAACCUGUUCAUUGGUGUCAUCAUAGACAAUUUCAACCAACAGAAAAAGAAGGCUGGAGGUUCAUUGGAAAUGUUUAUGACUGACGAUCAAAAGAAGUAUUACAACGCCAUGAAGAGAAUGAAAUCAAAAUCACCACAGAAGUCAAUUCCAAGACCGAAAUACAAACUGGCUGCACUUGUGUUUGACAUCACCACCGACCAGAAGUUUGACAUUGUUAUUAUGGUGAUCAUCAUCCUCAACAUGCUGACCAUGAUGUUUGAAUAUGAAGAUAUGUCCAAGCAAAUGAAGGACAUUUUGGGUAUCUUUAACCUGAUCUUUAUUACUGUCUUCACUGCCGAAUGUGUGCUCAAAUUGUUUGGACUACGAUGGUACUAUUUCAAGAUACCGUGGAAUGUAUUUGACUUUUGUGUUGUCGUCUUUUCUAUACUAGCUUCAUCUUUAUCUGAAUUUGAGGACAGCUUCUUUAUUUCGCCAACUCUGCUACGUGUUAUCAGAGUGUUUCGGGUUGGUCGAGUUCUGCGAUUGGUCAAAUCAGCCAAAGGGAUCCGAACACUCCUCUUCUCUCUUGCGGUGUCUCUUCCAGCUUUAUUUAACAUUGGUCUCUUGUUAGGCCUGGUGAUGUUUAUCUACGCCAUCAUGGGCAUGAAUUUCUUCAUGCACUACCCUCACAGGUUUGGCUUAGAUGAUGCUUUGAACUUCGACACAUUUUUCCGUAGCUUUAUUCUGCUAUUUCAGAUGUGUACAAGCGCUGGCUGGAGUGAUGUUUUGAAUGGGCUUAUCUCUGAAUGUCCCCCUAAAGGCAGUUGCGCUCACUACACCAAGGCAACAAUUUACCUGGCAACUUAUUUAAUCAUUUCCUUCUUGGUGGUGGUCAACAUGUACAUCGCUGUCAUCUUGGAGAAUUUCAGCCAAGCUACAGAGGAAGUACAACAGGGCUUGACACCAGAUGACUUUGACAUGUACUAUGAGAAAUGGGAAAAGUUUGACCCUAAGGCCACUAAGUAUAUCCCUCUAGAUCAGCUGUCAGACUUUGUGGAUUACCUCGAGGAGCCGCUCAGACUUCCUAAACCAAACCACUUCAUUCUGGUCAAGCUUGAUAUUCCAAUCUGUGAGGGAGAUAAGUGCUAUUGCCGAGACAUUUUGGACGCACUGACCAAAAACUUUCUCGGCACAUCAGAAACUGUGGAUAUUCCCCAAAAGGAAACGGAUAAAGAGAAGGAAGAGUACACUCCAAUAAGCAGUACUUUGCGGCGACAAAAAGAGCACUACGCUGCUCGAAUCAUUCAAAAGGCAUAUCGAAACUACAAGGGCAUCCUGCCUCCAGACACUGUAUAUAUGCUUGAACAGGAACAUCAGGAUGAUAAGGAUGGUAGUGACGAGGAGGAAGCAGGUGGAAAUAACCAAGACAAGCUGACCCCUAACCCUGUAACCUCCAUCAAACCAUCAGAGAGUAAACCUCCCAAACACACUCAAUUUGAGGAAGAUUUCUCUAAGGAGGAUACACAUCACAAAGCAAAGGAUAAGAAUGGGAGAGGUGAUAAGAAGAAAGCGAAAGACGGCAGUAAGAAAAAAGAAGAAGGAAAGAGAAAAAAGGAAACAAAUCAUGAAAAUAAUGGAGUGUCUAAGAGUUUGCGGACAAAAGACAAUAUUGCCACAGUUGAGUUAGGGCCCAACAGUGGGAUAGUGGCAUGACACCAAAGGAUAUUAGAUUGAGUUCUUUCAUUGUUUUAGUUCUUUAACCAAUUCUUUACAUUCGCUGUAUAUUCUUAUUUAUUUCAAGUUGGAUUCUCAGCUGCGGGACAAAAAUUUACUGUGUUGGACAAAGAUUGUGUUCAACAAGGAUUUUCUCCAUGGCGACUACAACAUCCAGUUUUUUUUGGUCAUGAUUGUCUUUCUUAUUUAUUCUUAUUUAUUUUUUUUUUAUCCUUUCUGGCCAUCAUUUACUAUACAUAUUUAACAUUGUGUAGCCACUCACCCAUUCUGUGUGUGUCCUAGUUCAAAUCUUGCUGGACUUUUUCUUCUCUGCCUAGUUCACGUAUUUAACCUACAACUAUUGAAAUGCAACAUGAUGCAAUUAUGUCUGCUUCAAUUGUCCAUACCUCUUUGUUUACCUUCAGUUCAUUUUCAAUGUAUUUAUUCCAUUUUAUGCUUUGGACAAUUUAUUAUUGAAGUGUAUGUAUCAUACAAUCAAUUUUAUUGUAUCUUACAGUUAGAUGUCUUGUAUCUUACAGCUAAAUUUCUUGUAUAUUGCAGUUAGUUUUAUUGUAUCUUAUGCUUCAAUCUAUUAAGUUGACUUCAUGAAUGUAAUUUAUUACAGUCUGACUUUAAAUUAAUCAAUAAUAUUCCUUUACAAAAUAUUUCUACUCUAGUGGUGGCUUAUAAGGAUAGAAAGAGUAUGUCCCGGGCUCAUAAGCUGUGGACAUAGCUUAUAGAAAAUGUAUAGUGUACAAUAUUUUUUUUGACAGUGUACCUUUAGAUAGACUUUUACAUUUAUUUUUUUGCUGAUACCUUAACAACAUAAAGAAUCAGGUGAUAGAUAAAAUUAAAAAAAAAAUACACAAACCUUUAAAGCGCGUUUUACACCAACAAGGGAGAACAUUCUCUUAGGUUUUUUUCUUUCUUAUAAUUAUUAACAUAUUUUUGUAAAUAUAAUUUAUAAUUAUCCACUUUUUAUUGCCUUUAUAGUACAUGAAAUGAAAAGCAUAAAUUGUUAGCUCAUAAGAAGAACUCUUUGAUCCAUGGGGCUAAAAUUUCCAAGUCUUUUUUUUUUAUUCAUUUACUAGCUAUUACUACUAAUAUAUUCUAAGCAACCAAAGCUUUCUUCAUAGCCACUUGCAACAGGGUAUAUCUAUUAUAAAACUACUAGUACUAUUAUACACAUAGAACAAUAUUUGUCAAAACCACAGUACAGAAUAGAAUAAUGACAUGAAAUAGUUGAAAUUAAAAUCUCAUUUUUUGUAAUACAUAGUUGGGUAUUAAAAAGAAAUAUUGACAAGUUUUGUUGUUUGUUCAACUAUUGGGUAGUAAUACAAUUAUAGGUGAGACCACUUCAAGGCCAGCUGCCCGCUGUUACAAUCUAUGCAUAUUUUGUGUUAAUGUAGUGUGUGUCUUGUUCAUUUGAAAUGAGCUUCUGUUGACUUAUUAGUUUCCUUACUAGUUUUCUUUUCCUGACACCAACUGGCAACUCAGUCUAAGUCACAACUCAGUCUAAGUCACAACUCAGUCUCAAUCACAACUCGACCAUUAAGAAAUUUACCUGAAAAGAUUUCUUUUUACAAAAAUCAUUAUUGUUAUCUUAUUCAGGUUGAAAAACUUUUUACUGUUACCGUACUUUAAUUUAAUUGAUUUUCCUUUUUAUUUUACAGUCAAAUUAUUUUUUUUUAUCUAUUGAUGAUGUAAAUAGUCUAGCUCAUGUAUGCAUCAAGUUUUUGUACCUAUUUUGUGAUAUUACCAACUUUCUAUUUUGAAAUGUUUCAACGUAACAAGUUCAGUGUAAAAAAAAAAUGUUUUUUUUUUCUUGUUAUAAUCAUAUGUGAUAAUUUUAUUUUUUUGUGUGAUACUUUCCCGUUUGGUGGUGUCAUGACUUAGUCAAUUUUGAGAAAUGCUUGUGUGUCUGCAUUCCAAUAAUUGAUUGACCUCAAAACUUAGCCAACAGUAUCCUGUAGUAUUUCUCCUGGGAUGCUCAUUUUAUCUUCCCAACUAGAUGAUAAUGUAGCCUCCAACAAGAAUUGAUUUACAGCCUUACAUAUAGAUACAUACAAAAACUAAUCUACUUCCUUUGGAACUAAUAACAAGUUAAAGUAAUACCAUCAAACAUUAAGAAUAGUGCGUAGAUAUUCUGUUUGGCAUAGGAAAAGCUAAGUGGGGGUAUUUGUAUAUAUAUUUGUUUUAUGAUUUGGGUUUCUAGUUAGACUUUGUGUCUGUUUGUGUGAUUUUGUAAUAUUUGUAUUACUUUUGAUCUUUUCAAAGUCUAAGUUGACUUCGUUUGCCUCAAAAAUGAAAUUUAAAAUAUUUUUCUUUUUGAUCUCUAAUAAUUAAUGUCCAAUCACUGUGCGUGGUAUUUAAGACAUCACUUAAUCAUUCAGUUUUCGUUAACGCCAUUAUGAUUAUUUGUUGCCCUACUUUUUCUAUCCACCCCCUCUCCUCAUCCCAACCCUGUGUACAAGAUAAAACCAUUGCCAGAUGUUGACAGAAUUACCAGUUGACUUAUCUUAAAUAAUACAGACGUUACUUCAAAAAAGAAGAUGAUUACGUCCUACGCGUCAUGCAUUUAGUCAUGCAUAUUAACCAAUGACUUAAAUUCUGCCAAGUCACUGGUUUUCCUGGCUAGCUCAGGCAACCCAUUCCAUGCUCUAAUAGCACUUUUAAGUUCCAUCAGAAGGCUUUGAAACAUAUGUUACCAAACCUUUUAAUAUCAACAACCAAAAGGUUAUCUUGUUUUUAAUAUUGAUACUUAGUUUAAAACUAUGCUGCUCGGAUAGAUAGGAAUAUUUUAAUGAACACUUCUUUGUGGUGCUAAAUAAUUUCCAGAUUCAACUGGGAGAUUUCUAGUUCUAGACUUCUGGGGGAUUAAUAGAUAGACCAAAGGCUGUAGCCCAGUGAAGUAAUUCCGUCCACUGCCAACAGAAGCUCUACUAUGUGUGCAAGAAGAGAGCGCUUGAUGGUAGAGAGAAACUCUUAAGUGAUUUCUCUCUUUAAGUAUGAGAUGGCAACUGCCUUAAGUGAUUUCUCUCUUUAAGUAUGAGAUGGCAACUGCCUUAAGUCAAAGACAUCACUCGUUUAGCCAAGUAUUACCUAGAUCCUAAAUGUCAUGUCAUCCAACUGUCAUUGGAUUAACAUAUAGGAAAAACAAACAAAAUCAAGUCAACAAGCUUGUCUAUAAAGCAAUGAACAGAUUGACCACCGUAAGGGUUAUUUUUUUAUUUUUUGCUUGUGUAGUUACUUUUUUUUAUCAUCCUUUGUGAUGGUAAGAGGAGUAGAAGUGAUGGUAAGAGGAGUAGAAGUGAUGGUCAGAGAAGUAGAAGUGAUGGUCAGAGAAGUAGAAGUGAUGAGGUCAGAGAAGUAGAAGUGAUGGUCAGAGAAGUAGAAAGGGGGAGGUAGUGGAUAGAAGCAACAAAUUCUCAUUUAUUUUCAAUUUUAACAUUAGACAUCAUUUUCAAAAUUUAAAUCCAAAUAUUACUUAUAUAUUAAUAUUCUAGUAAUUGUUCUACUCUAAAUGUACUAUUUCACCUCUGAAUUAUUGCUCUAAAAACUCAGUGCUAUUUUUGGUUUCCAUCGAAGGCUGUUUGUUUAUUCUCAUUAGACUAAAAUAAAUAUUUUUAAAACUUUUUUUUUGUGUAGACCCAUUGUCUGACUUAACUAUUCUAUUUGCUACUGUGCAUCAAAUAAACUCAACAUUGUCAUUUUUUCAGUAGACCAAAAUUUGUUUUUUUUAGUCCAAAAUUUAUGAACUAAUUUUUUUAUAUACAUAAAUUUGGAAUCUUUUUUAAAUCAAUAAUUCCUCAAUUUUUAACCAAUCACAUUGUAAUAUUUCUUCAUUUCUAAACAUAAUAUUUUGAUAAAUUGUUUAAACAUUUUCAUUUACUUCAAUUAUUGUUUACAUCAUUUAAAUCUUUAUAAUUAACAUUCCCCUUUGUGUGUAUAUAUUUAUAUGCCAGUUAGGGUUUGCUUUUAAUAUCUAUUUUGUUGCCUAACUAACUUGAAGAUUUUAGUUUAGAUUUGUGUUCAUGUGCUCAUUAGACUAAGUGGCCCAAGCUUAAUAAAAAGGAGUGCACUACGUAGACCAAUGUGAUCAAACUUUGAUUUCUAAUCUUUAUGGACCAGUAUAUACAUUAAUAUAUAACGUUUCUUUUUCUCUGAUAUUGUCUUGUUUUUCUUAUCAUUGUAACACUUAGAAUAACAAGUUUGAAUGUUAUAAAAUAUAAUUGUCACUUGCUUAUAGGUCUUAAAAGAAAAAUGAUUAGCUCUUUCUCUCCGUAAUUAUUUUCCUCGUUUCGAUAGUAUUAUUCGUUUUGCUCAUUUGUAUUUCACUAUCCUGUUAUGAUUAAACUCAAUAACUUUUUUUUUUGUUAUCAGAAAAUGUUAUAUUUGUAAUUGAAUUAUAGGAGAAAGCAUGCCCUUUUUACAAAACACAAAUAAAAGUUUAUAAAUCCAAAAAUCAAUUUAGUUUAAUGGGAUCAAAUCAACGUUGGCAUCGUGAAUUAGAAGAGAAAGAGUUAAUAAUAUAUUUUGGAGACCUAUCGCAUAGUGUUAGGUCAAUUUUGAUCUUUGUAUAACAUUGUUAGCCUUGUACUUGUUAGUUUUAACUAUUAGUUAGUUUUACCACUGUUUUAUUUGACAUCAUUUCUUAUCAGCAUACCUUGUUGUUAGUUUAUUUAUAGGAUGAGAGAGAUGGGUGGUUUCUCCUGGUGAUAGGAGUCAUGUAUUCUCAAUUUGUACUAAAUGUUGAAUAGUCUGUGGCAAAAUGAUAUUCUGAGUUGAUGGCACUCAUUCUUGCACAUUUUCAAAAAAAAAGAUUUUUAUGAAAGGGAAUUAACUACAGAAAGUCUGUACAUUAAUCAUGUGACUCUAACCAAUCAACAACAUAAUUUGUAUGUAUUAUUAGUGUAGAUGAUCUGCCCAAGUCAACAACAUAGCAUUACAUGAACAUAACAUUAAUCUAGUGAGCUCACCAAGCCAAUUACUUCUUCAUUCUCCAAAAUAAUAUUCUGAACAGUUCAAUCUUGACUUAGUAUGGUAAAUAUAUGACUGUUUGUUGGAAUAUUUAUAGGAUAGUCCAUAUUCUGUUGAAUCUAAGCUGUGCUGAGUUUAAGCUGGGGCUGAAGAACUGCAGAAAAAAGUAAAGUCUAAGUUGCAUCUAUUACAAUACGUCAUGUACAUGACAAAACAAAACAAAACGGCAGAUUUUGAGGGGCAAGGAAGUAAGAAUGAGACAUGUUAGCACAAGCCGAUUCUUCACCAUUGAAUGGUAGCCCUUCCCACCCUGCACAAAGAUGUAUUCCUAAACAAAGUCUCAAGGUUUCCCUCCUUUGCGCCAUUUCUUUGUUUUCACCGGUCAGUGCAUAUUGCUCCAAGUAGUGUCUCUUUGGUCAUUGAUACCUAUGUUAUCUGCAACAAAGACGAGAAAGUGGAAAAAGGAAGACAAGUGUUCUACGCAAAGAUAUUACUGGCCGAAAAGGAAGGCAACAGAAAAGUACCAGUGGCUUAAGGUGGUUUAGGAAACACAAGGCAGCCAUAUUCCAGUAUGAGUUGCCGCUAAAGAAGUUCAAGGGACAUAAGCAUGGAAGAGUCCCUGAGGCAGAUCUGUAUAUACUCAAGUCUUGGCCUACUUUAAAGUGAGCUGCAGCUACUGUCAAGCAUCAACAAAACUUUAUGAGAGAGAAUCCAUCACAUUAAAGUUUAGCAGCAGUAGCAAAUCAAUCAAUGUAAGGCGCAGUCCAAAGGUAAGCCCCAUGAGAAUUUCAGGCCCUUUGAAAUGCCUUAGAUUCAAUAGAGUAUGGUAUAUCUAUAUAUAUAUAUAUAUAUGACAGUAUUUUGGAACUUUCCAUAACACUAAGUAUAAGUUAGCACUACUUAUAAUUAAUGGGGACAUAACUUUUUAACAAUUUAAUAUAUGACUGCUUGUAGGAACAUAUUUAAUUUCAUAAAAAUCAAACCAGCUGCAAAAUUAAGUUCAUAGAUAGAGAAACAGAAUUAUUGUAUUUAAAUGUGUUAAUUAUUUGACUGAAAACAAUGUGUUAUAUUAAUUCUAAUGUGUGCUGAUUCCCAAACAGCUGAAAGGCUUAGUUAAAAUAUUUAUCUUCAAAGCAUCUUAUAAAACUGAAUGAGUUUUGCGAAAAACUAGUUUGACUCUAAAGUUGUACAUGUUUAGUUCUAAACUUAAUUGAAAAACCUUAAAUGCUAUCACUUUUACUUAUUACAAUUAUGUGUGAAUUAAAUAUUACUUCAAAAAUUAGUCUCAUUAUAACUAAAAUGAUCAAUGAAUUUUUAGAGGUAAAAACAAAAUAUUAAGUUAAGAGAUAAAGGGCAAUAUCAAAAUAAAUAUCUAUUUAAUCUGAGUUUAAUCUAAGUUCCUGGGCUCACCUGGAUCCAAGUGGAUCUUUGGUCUUAGCAAAAAAAAAAAAAUAAUAAUAAUAAAGGCAGUUUGGCAGUGCACUGGCCACACAGCACCUUGAACUGUUGACCAAGAAAUGUAUUCAAUGUCUUCGCCAAGGGAAUUUUUUUUUUUUACUUGCAAGUAGUGUAGCUUGACUUCUCAACACCAGACAUGCUCUUUGAAAUAAGCCAUGUUUGAUACAAAAUUUAAUCAUCUAUAAAAAUAAUAAUAUUUAAAAAUAUUAUUUUAAAUAUAAUAUUAUCCGUGAGGAAAGUUGUUUUACAAUUGCGCAUUACACAUAACUGCCAUUGUCAGAGCAAACAAUACCGGUAGCACACAAAAUUAGUCGUACUUAACCCUAUUUGAUUUGAUUUUAGGGAGCAUCCACCUGUUUUGUAGUUUGCUAAACCCAUAAGCAGCACAAAUGAAGAGCUAAACGCUGGUUUAUGCCUCAACAAGUGUAAGGAUUGUUCAAUUAUAGUUUGUUUUUUUUCCUAUCAUUCGAUUGGUUGUCACAUCUUUUAAAAAAACCCAACUAAACAAAGAAUUAGCCAAUUCACUUUUUGUUCAAGAGCUGAGAAUGCCAUGAAAACCUAAUUGUUUAAGCAAGCAUUUGGGGUGUACACCUUAGUGUAGCUCAUACAUGUGUGCAAACUUUGUUGCCGAGAGUUGUGUACAUGGGAACAGCAAAUGUAUUUUUUUAGCCUACUGUCAAUGUUGACCUACAUGAUUGAACAAUUGUAGUUUUUCAAUUUUGUAUUUUCUGUGUGUGUGCUAAAUAUUUUUAUUCUAAUGCAGCAAUAUUUUUUUAUGAAUAUUUGGCAGUUGCUUUGUCUCAUUUUUCCAUGGAACUGUAAAUAAUGUUUUUUUUUUCUAAUCACUAUAAAUACUUCACGCAUUCCCCUCUCUGAAUGUUUUCAAUUGAAUCAAUCAGCUGUCAGAUCAACAGGUCACUUUCAGCUUCUUAUAGACACUUUUUUUUUUCAUUUGCCUAUUUCACCAAUUUGUAUUCAUAUUACCAUUUCUUGGCAUUCAAGCUGUAUAUAUCUAUUUAGACAUUUUUUUUUUUGGUUUUCAAUGCCUUCAUAUGAAUGUGAUACUGUCAUAAUGUACAGCGCUGGCUUGUCAGUUUUUAGACAACUUAGUUUGCAUGCACAAUUUCUCAUUUUGGAUGACGGAGAGGCAAAAUGUUACUGCCAUUUGUGUAUGAUUCUAAAUUGUUUUCAUUUUUGUUCUCGUCACCAUCAGUACGAUUGAUUGAAAGUGAACAUUUCCAUGACAAAGAAUUCACUUCAGUGUUAUUUGCUUCUAUUGUUUUGCAUCUUAUUCCAUAUUUUUAAUUCUAUAAUUAUACUUUUAUCUUUUUUUUUUACAUUUUUGUUUUUAAAUUGGGUUUUAAUAAAAAAAAAAUCUUCCAAUACUCUUCAAAGAAACAGUGUCUUGCUCUAUGAGUCAGUGAGAGGUUGAUCUAGCCGUAGGAUAUAAAGUAAGUCUAGAACUGUUAGAAAGUCAUCCAGCAUUCUUUGACCAGAUUUUUUUCACCCCAACAUCCUAGAAGGAAGCAUUUUUCAAUGUACUCAAGAAAAUAUUUUAAAUAUACAUGUUUAGAUUUUUUUUUUUUAAUUUUUUAAAAGGAAACACAUCAGAUUUUUUAGUUUUUUUUUGUUUCUAGUGUUCAAUAUUUAGGGGUGUUUCCAUAAACAAAACCUUACUUGAACAAAAUAUUUUUUAAAGGACCUAAAAGCAAUGACUCAGUUGGGGUAUUAGCUUCCUAGACAGAAGGCUCUAUUUCUGCUUUCAUUCAUUUCCUUGUGUGGGAGUGAAUGUUUUUCUUAUGUGCUUCUUACACUUUGCUCUUAAACACAGACUUGAAUAAAUUAUUGAAUACACAA